AUGGCGACUCUGGCGGAGAAGCUUGAGAAGAUUAAGUCUCCCAAGCUGCAGAACCAGCAUCAUACUGCUGUGGUGCUUUCUGCAGUUGAGGAUACUCUCCGUGAUCAAAAGGCAGACUUCUCACCUACCGCAUAUUUUGCUGCUCUCCUUGCAUUGCUCUCGCAGUCACUAUCCGCUUCGCAGGGCAUUGUGAACAAGGAUUUGGCGACAUCCGUUGUCUACCUUCUCGAUAUCACCACCGUCUACGUCCCCGCCCCGAUCCUUUGCGCCAAAUUCUCUCAGAUCCUCGAAAGUCUCGCACCUGCACUUUCUCUCCCCGAGGUCGAAGCCCCCCUGCUGCGCCCCUCAAUUGGAUGUCUCGAGUCUCUCCUUAUUGCCCAGGAUGCGGCAGCAUGGAAUCUUCCCCACACACAGGUCGGCCCACGCCGAGCAAUGGCAGGUCUGCUGAGUCUCUCGGUUGAUCACCGCCCCAAGGUUCGGAAACGUGCCCAGGAGGCUCUGGUCAAGGUUCUCAAGGCUCCCCCGCCCAGCCCGUCUUUGGACCACCCCGGUGCGGACAUGUGCGCUCAGUCUGCGAUGAAGACUCUGGGUGAUAGCAUCUCCGCGGCCCACAAGCAGAAGAAGGGCCGCCACGACGCUCAAGGCAACAAUCACGAGCCACUUAUCAUCCACUCAUUGCAGCUGGUUAAGACCAUUGCCUCAGCGUCAGGUGGUUGGCCCAGUAAGAAGAUCGAGCCCCUCAGCGAACUCCUCAUGAACGCAUCCCGCUCCAGCAACGAGUACAUUACCAUGGGUGCCUUCGAGGUAUUCGAGGUUAUCUUCGAGGGAAUGGCCGAUGAAUUCUCAUCUUCCAAGCUGCCUCGUCUCUUGGAUGCUAUCUCCGAGCUCAAGCCCGCGCAGAACGAUUCGCAGCUUCUCCCGCCUUGGAUUGCUGUGUUAUCCCGUGGAUACGAUGUGGCUGCUCAAAUCACCCCCGAGGAUACCUUUGAGAAGUUGCCCGAUCUGUUCGCUUUGAUUUCUGGAUUCAUGGCCUCGCCUUCGAGCAACAUCCGCGUUUCCGCCUCCGAGUGUCUGAUCUCAUUCCUGCACAACUGUAUCCCCAACACCGUCAUCGUAGAGCCCUCCGUCUAUGAUGAGAAGACCUUGGAGAAGCUGUCCCGUGCGGCCGUUGAUCUUCUGUCCGUGAAGUACCAGGCCGCUUGGAAAGAGGUGUUCAACGUCUGCUCCGCCCUGUUUGAUUGCUUCAAGUGGCGAUCAAGCCCCUACCUUGUCAAAAUUGUCUCCACAAUUGGUGAGCUGCGCAGCAACGAGGGCUUCCACGGUAAGAAGGAAGCCGAUGCCGUUCUUGGCAGUGCCAUCGAGGCCAUGGGCCCCGAGGCCGUCCUGGAGAUCCUUCCCCUCAACAUUAUUGAACAGAAGGGCGGCCAGCCUGGUCGUGUCUGGAUGCUGCCUAUUAUGCGUGACAGUGUGACAAACACGAACCUCCGCCACUUCCGCACCGAGCUCGUUCCCCUGAGUGAAGCACUGUACCAGAAGGUGGUGAACUACGGCGCCGCUGAGAAAUCUGUGGAAGUGAAGAUCUUCGAAACCCUGGUCCAACAGACCUGGGGUACUCUUCCCGGCUACUGCGAGCUGCCGCUUGAUCUCACAGAAGCGUUUGACCAGUCUUUCGCUGAACUGCUCUCCAACGUUCUGUACAAGCAGACUGAACUGCGUGUUGAUGUCUGCCGUUCUUUGCAGAACCUGGUUGAGUCGAACCAGGCUAUUUUGUCUGUCGAAAACGCCGAGGAUGAUCUGAUUCUGCAGCGCCGCAUCACCAAGGCCGAGGCACAGAAGAACCUCACUCACCUCGGAGGUCUUGCGAGCAACUUGCUGGCUGUCUUGUUCAACGUGUACAGUCAGACUCUUCCUCACUACCGCGGCUAUAUUCUGCAGUGUAUUAAUGCCUACUUGAGCAUCACUCCCGAAAAUGAGCUGAAUGAUACUUUCAACCGCGUUACUUCAAUGCUCGAGUCCUCUUUGGUUACCGAGCAAGAGACAGCAGCCAAGCAGGGUGCGCCGUCUCAGGGCUCGUCUGACAAGAUGCCCCCGACCUCUCACACUCUGAUUGACCUCGUUAUCGCGAUGUCAAUCUACCUUCCCCGCUCCAGCUUCGGUGGUUUGUUUGCCAUGGCGGCCACUAUUCUCAACAGCUCAACCCCCAACCCGGAUCAGCAACUCAUCAAGAAGGCCUAUAAGUUGAUUCCUCGUCUUGGAUCAACUGAGACUGGCCGUGCCGCUCUCGAAGAGCGCAGUGCAGAGUUGCAGACUCUUAUGCUUGCCACCACCGACAGCACUCCUGCAUCUGGUCGUCGCGACCGAAUGCUUGCUAUCACCGAGAUGAUCAACCACCUGCCCACCUCGGAUCUGCACUUCAUCCCGGCAAUCCUGUCCGAGGUGGUUCUGGGCUGCAAGGAGAGCAAUGAGAAGACACGCACAGCGGCAUUUGACCUGCUGAUUAUCUUGGCCAAGCGCACAAUCGACUCCGAGCGUAACCCUCCCGGCACCGUCAUCCGCAGAUCGCUUGUGCCAGGUGUGGCGGCCGAUUUGCCCGAUGCCCCCGCUACACUGGAGGAGUUCUUCACAAUGGUCUCAGCUGGUCUGGCUGGCUCGGCUCCUCACAUGGUCGGUGCCACUGUCACCGCGCUUUCACGACUGUUUUUCGACUUCCAAACACAGCUUCAGCCUGAAAUGCUCAAGGAGAUUGUUGAGACCGUGGAGCUUUUCCUUACCUCCAACAACCGCGAAAUCGUUCGCUCCGUUCUUGGCUUCGUCAAGGUUGCAGUUGUCGUUCUCCCCGAUGAAACUCUGCGUCCCCGUCUGAACUCCCUGGUCCCCAGCCUUAUGGCCUGGAACAAGGAGCACAAGGGUCGUCUCCGCAGCAAGGUCAAGGGCAUCAUCGACCGACUUGUGCGCCGAUUCGGUGCUCCUCUCCUCGAGGCUAUUGUCGGCGAGGAAGAUCGCAAGCUUGUCGUCAAUAUUCGCAAAGCCCGUGAGCGCAGCAAGCGCAAGAAGAAGGAGAAUGCCGAAGGCGAGGAUGAGGACGACGAGGAGAAGGCCGCCAAGCGUCAAACCGGCAAUGCCUUCGAUAAGGCCGUGUACGGCUCUGACUCCGACUCCUCAGAUGGCUCCGACGGUGACAGUGAUGUCGAUGUCGACGAUGUCGCUCAAAUCAAGGGCCGCAACUCUGGCAAGAAGAGAGCCGGCCAAAGCACCCAGUACAUUCGCGAGAUGUCUCCUGAAGACAACCCUCUGGAUCUGCUCGGUUCCAACGCUCUGGCCAGCAUCUCCACCACCAAGCCCAGCCAGCGCUUCCUCAACACCGGCCCCGGCUCGAAGAGGAAGCAGCGCUCUGCCAAGGUCGACGCCGAUGGCCGUCUUGUCCUCGGCGAUGACGGCGAUGUCGUUGCCGACGAUGUUGAGAUGACCGGUGCCGCCGACGGUGGUGUCAACGCCUACCUCGCCGCCGUCAGCGGACCCGAUGCCGUCCGUCGUGGCCAGAGAGGCAAGGUCAAGAUGGGCCAGUCCUCCAAGAAGAACGCCGGCGACAGCAUGGACGUCGAUGACGAGGACCUGAAGCAAGACCUACGCGCUUCCGGUUCCGGACAGGCCUCGGCUCGUCGUGGUCUCGGUGCGCCCAAGACCUCCGGUGCUCCUGGCGGUGGACGUAUCGAGAAGCGUCGUAACCCCGGCCACGCGCCGCGGACUAACAACCGCUCGGGAUGGGGCAAGAAGAGGUAA